AUGGAGUCCAUGUUCCACGAGCUCAAGCGCGAUUUGAAAGAAGUUACAACAAAUGGAACAAUCGACUCUAUCGCCUUGGCUUCGAAGUAUGCACAUAUUUUCGUGAAUAUCCACCCAUUUAUGGAUGGCAAUGGCCGAAUGUGUCGUUUGAUUCUCAACUCGAUGUUACUGAAAUUUGGGGCUUUCAUUGCUUGUAUCGGGGUAGACGAAGAUGACCGAUCAAUCUAUGAGGAUGUCGCUGUUAACGGAGGAGCUCUUGAAGAUCUGUAUGAAGAUGCCGAGGAAGAGGAAAAGCCUGAGUUGUAUAAAGGUUUAGGGACUUGA